GAAAUGACUCGCCAAAGAACAGCGAAGACAGUGGAAGAACGGAAAUACUACAGUGAAUUUUAUCCUCACUGAGUGGCCUGUUUACAUGAUCUCUUACGCUUUAUGAGUGGCCUUGCAAGGUGCCUAUGUAUCCAACUGUUUACCAGCUUUAGACCUUCUUCAGGGAUGCGUUGCGACAGCAGACUCCUGUCGUCCUUCAUCACCGGUGCCCUGACAGCCACUACAGUCACCCUGUUCUUAUUACGCGUCGUGCCGGGGACAUACGUUGUGCUGCCGUGUGACCCCACGAUCACAGCUCGUCCAGUCUUGAUGGAAGAUUACUUCGACCACAUCGAAAAGCAAGAGGUCUUCCCUGAUGACAGCCUCAUCGACACACGUCCACUCCAUUCGCACGGGGUGAAAGAAGUCAUCGCCUUACACAGCAAGAAGUCACGCCCACAAAAGAAGAAGAAGAAAAAGACCCCACAGGAGAAAGACCUCCCCCACCAGAAGUUGACCUCUAAAGUCGACACUCAAACCACCAAAGAGGCCGUCGAUGCGCCAAAGGAUCUCCAGCAGCAGCUGAAGGAUUUGCAAGAGAAAGAGAACCUCCUGAAAGGGUCCGUUUGGUCGGUCAGUGUGCAACAGCAACCGAAACAGAGGAAGGAGCAGCAGGAGCAGCUACAGAUCAAGCAACAUCUGGAAGAGAUACAGCUGCAUUUGCAGAAACAGUCAGAGGAGAUCAAACAGAAACUUGAGGAAGAAAUUAAGAAGAGGAAGCUGAAAGGCAAAGCUGCAGAAAUGUUCAAGGAAAAGUAUGGGACGGGGCUACAUCUGCAGCAGAACAGCUUACAGAAACAUCCAGUAGACAAGAAGAAAAGUGAGAGUGAAAUAAGGUCACAAAUGGAAAAGAACGAAAUCCCAGCCAGAAGGAAGAGAGAUUCCUACCCAAAGAAAAACUCUGUUGCUCAAGUGAACAGUCACAAUAAAAUCCCGAAACAUCAGAAACCUCCGGACUCCAAACUUCUUCAGGCCAUUAUAAAAAAGAAAAUUGAUCCUCUGGGGUUAUACACUAACAAUUACAACAAGUUAUUGCACCAUCACAACAAAGAGAAUGAGAAUGAUGGUUAUCAAUUGUCUAUGCAAGAAUUCCCAGCCACCAAAGCAUCAACUGGGGCAAUCACAUCAGUGCCAAAAUUUAGUCAAGUUCUACCACUCAAGACCAAAGCUAGUCAGGUAUCACCUUGAGUGUAGUAUUAAGUAGCUAC